AUCCUUUUUCUUCACGACUUAAGAAUCACGUUCGCCGACGACUUUUUUUCUCAAUUUUCUUUCCCUCGUGAGGUUAGUGAAUACUAUUAUUUUCUCUUCAACUUCAACCACCCUCCUCAUAAUCGUCGUAAUUCAUUUGCCUUUAUCCUUUUUCCUUUAAUUUGCUUCCAAUCUUUGUUUUCUGUAAAUAUAUGGUAUUUUUGAUGGAUGCCCUUUUUGAAGGAUUUCCGGUUUCCAUGGAUGGACUUAAAUUCAACCCCAAUCCAAUUUCGCUUCGUUCGGAUCAAGAUUUUGUAAAAGAAACUAAAACCCACCAUGGGAAUUUUGAAACCGAACUUCGCCAAUCUUCCGAGGGAUGUUCUCCGAGUGAUAGUGACUCCUAUAACGCGACUUUGAAGUUCAUAAGCGAGAUGCUUAUGGAAGAGCAAGAUUUGGAGCGAAAAUCCCUGAUGUUGAAAGACUCUUUGGCUCUACAAGCUGCUGAGAAAUCAUUCUAUGAUGUGCUUAGCCAGAAUUACCCUUCUUCUUCUUCUUCUUCUUCUGUGGACCAAAACUCAGGUAUAUCCGAAUCCUGUAGCUUCCAAACUUCGUUUUCUGGGUCUUCUGUGGAUACCCUUUUGGUCCAAGAUUCAAAUUCCGAAGUACAAUCUGUUGUUAGCAAGUUUAGGGGAAAGAUAAGGGAAGAAAUAUCAUUUUUUCCAAAGGGUAAACCCCAGAUUAGUGAACGGGAGAUAUUUGAGUAUAAUUUGAUGAAUGGAAAGAAGAAUAAUCAGAGAGAACGUGAUUAUGAUGACCAAGAAGAGGGCAGGAGAAACAAGCAAUCGGCGGUUUUUGGUGAUGAUUCUGAGCCAACAGAGAUGUUUGACAAAGUACUGCUAUAUGAUGGUGACAACGAUGAGCCAAAUCCUCUUUAUAAGUGUUCGCUGAAUGGAGGGAGAGCGGAGAAGUUGCAGCACAAUGAGCAGGCAAAGCGGUCCGGCAAAUCGUCGCGCUCAAAGAAGCAAGAGAACAAGGCGGAAAUGGUGGAUUUGUGGACCCUUUUGACCCAAUGUGCACAAGCUGUGGCCGGCUAUGACCAAAGAACUGCGGCGGAUUUGCUUAAGCAGAUAAGGCAACAUUCUUCUCCUAAGGGAGACUCAACUCAGAGAUUGGCUCAUUACUUUGCUGAUGGGCUUGAAGCGCGCUUGACGGGCACGAGAACAGCGUUGUAUUCGCCACUUGUGAGUAACGAGAUGUCGUCAACUGAUAUCUUGAAAGGCCACCGGGUUUACAUCACUGCAUGCCCUUUCCAAAGGAUGUCCUUUUGCUUUGCAAACCAAACAAUAAGGAAGCUUGCACAGAAUGCAACAAAAAUUCACAUCAUUGACUUCGGUAUUCUAUAUGGUUUCCAGUGGCCCGGCCUUAUCCAGCGUCUCUCCCGAUCACCAGGGGGACCUCCCAAGCUUCGGAUUACUGGGAUUGAGCUUCCCCAACCCGGUUUUCGACCCUUUGAGAGGGUUGGAGAGACCAAGCGUCGGCUGGAGAAUUACUGCAAGAGAUUCAAUGUCCCAUCCCAAUUCAACGUGAUUGCGCAGAAAUGGGAAACGAUUAGUUAUGAGGAUCUCAAUAUCGAAAGAGAUGAGCUCGUUGUUGUCAACUGUAUGUAUCGUAUGAAGCACAUACCUGACGAAACAGUGGUCGUGAGGAACCCGAGAGAUACUGUCCUCAAGUUAAUAAGGAGCAUAAACCCUGCCCUUUUCAUCCAUGGCGUUUGUAGCGGGACAUACAACGCGCCCUUCUUCGCCUCAAGGUUCCGAGAGGCGCUCUUUCAUUAUUCCAGCAUGUUUGACAUGUUUGAAACCACUGUGCCUCGCGAAGACGAAUAUAGGAUGUUGUUUGAGAAGGCGAUAUAUGGAAGAGACAUAGUGAAUGUCAUAGCCUGCGAGGGCUUGGAGCGAGUUGAAAGGCCUGAGACCUACAAGCAGUGGCAAGUUCGGAACACAAGGGCCGGGUUCAAGCAGGUCCCAAUUGACCAGGAAAUCUUUAAGCAAGUGAGGAACACGGUGAGCUCGAGUUACAACAAGGACUUCGUUGUUGAGCAACAUGGUCAGUGGUUGAUCCAAGGAUGGAAAGGAAGGCGUACUUAUGCUAUUUCCUGUUGGAAACCUGUCUACCUCUUGGAAGGAGGUGGUGCUCUUCACAAGCGCUUAAAGAUUUUAAAUUGUAGCCUGCUUUCCUCAACUUCCUUGUUGCAAUUUCUUGCUCAUCAAAUUCUUCUUUCUUUUCCAGUUUUUUUGCUGAUCGGAUUCAGUUUCAUGGACACCCUUUUGGAAGAAACCCUCGGUUCCAUGAACAAAUUCAGAUUUGAACCAUCCAUCCACUUAAAUCAGAAUCUUGUUCAUGACUUUAACGAUGGAUUCGCCGAUGCAGAGGUUCCUAACGAGGCAUAUUCUUCAUCUCCUGGCUCGGGUUCCGAGGGAGACUCCUCGGAAAACGUGCACAUCUCCAACACCAUAAUUCUCAAGUACAUAAGCGAGAUCCUCAUGGAAGAAGACUUGGAAACUAGGCCUUGCAUGUUGCAGGACUGCUUGGCUCUCCAAACCGCCGAAAAAUCGUUCUACGAUGUAAUCGGCCAGAAGUACCCAGAUACUUCUUCUUCUUGUUCCUCUAAUCAUGAUCUCCAAACUUCUCUUGUUGAUUAUCCUUCAAUAUUUGACAAAUCGAAGGGAAAGAAAAGUAGUCAUAACCGGGGAUUUGGCGAUGACUCGGAAGAAGAACAAAGGAGAAACAAACACUCGGCGAUUUAUUCUGACUAUUCCGAGUCGUCGGAUAUCUUUGACGAGGUUUUGCUCUGUCGGAACCCGACCCGAGAAGAAGAAGACUCCGAACUUUGCUCUCCUCCAAACGACGACGACGACGACGACAGCAAAGCCGACAAAAAGGGGAAGUCACGUCGCAGGGGAAAAACACGACAGAGGAAAAAAAGAAACGACAGAAACCAAGUGGUUGAUUUGUCGACAUUGUUGACGCAAUGCGCGCAAGCCGUAGCGAGCUACGACCAAAAAAGGACGAUUCAGCUCCUGAGCCAAAUACGACAACACUCCUCCCCCUACGGCAACGACACUCAGAGACUCGCCCAUUACUUCGCCGACGGCCUGGAGGCGCGAUUCUCUGCGGGCACCCCACUUUACAGCCCUCUAGGAAGCAACGGCGCGUCGGCGGCUGAUAUCUUGAAAUCCUAUCAGGUGUACAUCAAGGCCUGCCCUUUCAAGCUCAUGUCCAAUUUCUAUGCGAACCGGACGAUCGCGAAGCUUGCGGAGCAAGCAACCGCACUCCACAUCAUCGACUUCGGUAUCCUAUACGGUUACCAGUGGCCUUGCCUCAUCCAACGCCUCGCACAUCGCCCCGGUGGGCCCCCCAAGCUGCGCAUCACCGGCAUUGAGUUUCCCCAGUCCGGGUUCCGCCCCUCGGAGCGCGUCGAGCAGACGGGCCAGAGAUUGGCGAACUACUGCGAGAGGUUCAACGUCCCGUUCGAGUACAGCGUGAUCGCGAAGAAAUGGGAGAUGGUCAAGCUCGAGGAGCUGAAGAUUAACAGGGACGAGGAAGUCACGGUUGUGAACUGCUUGUACCGGAUGAAGAACCUGCCGGACGAGACUGUGAUCGAGGAUUGUCCGCGGGAUGCGGUGCUGAACCUGAUCAGGAGGAUUAGUCCUGACUUGUUCAUCCACGGGGUGGUAAACGGGACUCACAAUGCGCCGUUUUUCGUGACGAGGGUUCGGGAGGCGCUGUUCCACUUCUCGGCGCUGUUCGACAUGUUCGAGGCGAGCCUAAAGAAGGAUGACCCGCACAGGCUGAUGUUCGAGAGGGAGGUGUUCGGGAGGGACGUGAUGAAUGUGGUGGCGUGCGAGGGGCUGCAGAGGGUGGAGAGGCCGGAGACGUAUAGGCAGUGGCAGGUGAGGAAUGUUCGGGCCGGGUUCGAGAAGGUGGCGCUGGAUCAGGAGCUGCUGAGGAGAGUGAAGAACAUGGUAAGGAAAGGUUACCAUAAGGAUUUUGUUGUGGAUGAGGAUGGGACGUGGAUAUUGCAAGGCUGGAAGGGAAGGAUCUUUCAUGCUAUUUCUUGUUGGCGACCUGUUUGAUUAUUGACUCAUGGUGAGACUUGAGAGAGAGUUUCUUCUCUCUAUAUGUAAGAUAUGUGUUUUUUUUGUUCCUUUUGUUAUGUUGUGUGGAGCAGUGGGCAAGGAAUUUGUAGUGUACUCUAACAGCAUAAGUGAAUGCAAUACUUAAAUUACGAUGAUAACUUGAUUUCGUAUACAACUGGACUCGGAAGCAAUUACCAAAAUACAAACUACUAUGAAUGCAAUUCUCAAUCGCCUAACCAUUCGAUCGUCUAAGGAGAUUCCAAUCCAGAUUUCCACCUUUCGGAUUCUUGAAGCCGCCUUUCCUUUCACUUGCUGAUGCCUGUUCAUCACCGUGGACACUCCUGGGUGAUUUAUUUGGUUAUUGAGAUGGUUUAUCUAUAUUUGAACACUCGGCUUCAUCCUCAGAAGACCUAUUUUAUCUGUUGCAAACCAGUUUAUGGAUGCAAAAACAUUCUUGGAGAAGAUUCCUAUAAAUUUAUUUUCCUGUAGUUUGCAUGUAUAAAGACACGAUCCUAGUAAGUGUUGAAAUAAAAUAAAAUUUGAGGAA